AUGGACAAGCUUCAAGACCAUGUGGGAGGGACUAAUAGUGCUCACAACAAUGCAAGAAGAAUAUGUCAAGUUGUCUUGAAAAAUGCUCCAAGAAAUCAUCAAUUAACAUCACCAGAUAUUCAACAUGAUAUUGUCAAGGGUGCUGCAGCUGAAACUCUCAUUAUCAUAAGUAGAGACAUAGGACAAGUAAUUGAGCGUUUUGUUGGUGUGAAGCAUGUCACUGAUACUACUUCAGCAUCACUUAAGGUAGCCAUUGAUCAAUUCUUCUCAGAGAACAACUUAAGCAUAUCAAGCCUUCGUGUGAAUGUUGCUGGAAGCUCAUGCAAAUGCCGUGAUUCUCUUCGAGAAAAGCAAGUGGCUAAGAUUAUUGAAGAACUUAAUAGUGGCGUUAUUUCAAAUGGGAGGGGUUUGAAUCAAGAUACCACCCUAAAACGACCUGGUGAUACAAGAUGGAGAUCUCAUUAUGUCAUAGAUAUGCAACUUCAAGAGCUGAAUGAUCAUUUUACAAAGACUACUACGGAGCUACUUCUUUUAUCACUCUUGGCUCUUGAAAAUGAAUUGGACACUUAUAUUUCAAAUAUGCGGAGUAGUGAUUUGUUUACAAAACUAAAAGGAAUUAAUGAACUUGGAGAAAAGAUGGUUCAGACACAAAGAGAUCAAGUUUAUUCUUUAGUCUACUUGCUCAUAACAUUGUCCUUGAUUCUUCCAGUUGCAACUGCCACUGUAGAAAGAGCAUUCUCUGCUAUGAAGAUCAUAAAAAGUGAUUUGCGAAACUGA